CGCGCGCUUUCAAUCCGUCAAUGAGCGGCAAUUGCCUAUAAACUGCCUCUCGGCUCAAUCCAGAAGCAUCGCGUACUACCUAGACCCGAGCCCUGCGUACACCGGGCAGUCGUAACCCAUCGUCGCUGCUCACUCAUCCACAACCGUCCGAGCUUCGUGUCCCUCGUUUGCAUUGUGCCGAGAGAGUCAAGUGGCGCAUAUAAAACCCGGGAGGCUCCUAAGCGUCAGCUCAGUGUACGCGCGAAUCAUGAUCGGUAAAGUGGUAAGCCUCGGCCUCGUGCUGCUGGCGCUGACGGCCCUCGCCGAGGGCUUCUGCUACCGUAAGAACCCGCCAAAGUCCCAGGAGAAUGCUGAACAGUUGCUCCAACCUGGCAACUACUCGAUCCUGGUUUGCGUCAAGUCGACCGAUUUCGCUGCCGAUCUCGAGAAGGCGCCCAAGCAGAACAUCACCGAGGUCUGGUUCUCCAUGUCCAACGUGCCCAAGCUGCAGAACGACGCGUUCGCCAAGUACGCCGAGAAGAUCGUCAAGAUCGAGAUCUGGAGCAGCAAGCUCGCUGAGAUCGAGGACGGCGCUCUUAAGGGCCUCAAGGAGUUGAAGGGUCUGAUACUGCCGAGAAACGAACUGACCACCUUGAAAGCCUCCUGGUUCAAGGAAACGCCGAAGCUCCUCGAGCUCAACCUGGCCUUCAACCAUCUGCGAACUAUCGAGGUGGAGUUCCUGAAGCUGGUCCCAGCCUUGAUCAGCCUGGACCUGCGCGGUAACGAGUUGGCCUCGCUACCCGGAGACUUCGCGAAGCAGCUGCCUGCCAGUCUGCGUCGCAUCAACAUCUUCAACAAUCCCUUGAACUACAAGCAGUCGAUGGAGAUAGUCGAGUGGAGCAAGAACAAGGACGACAAGACGAACGAGUCACGAUUGAAGGAGCUGAAGCAUGUUUUCAACAUGACCAAAAUCUGCCUGGACAACAAGACCAUCACCGACAAGAGCAACGACGCCAUCGACAAGUGUGUCGAGGAACAGAUGAACGUUGAGGUUGAUCUAGUGGCCAAGAGCACGGCUGUCACCAAGACCACCGCUUCAGCUGCUGCCACUACCGUAGCCGAUGCUGCUGCUGCGAGCAGCAAUACCACCACUACCACGGUCAUGCCUUGAAGAUCCCAAGCGAGAGUACUCGAGUUGCGGAGCUUAUAUGCGGGUCAUUAGUUUGCUUGAGCGAGUUGACGCUGGAAUGUUGGAGGUUGACGUUCUGUAAAGGGAUUUGAUAUAUUGUAUUUUUGGUAUAUCGAUUUUGCGCGAGGACUGAACAUCCUUCGUAACUGGGCUCUGUUUUUGAAGAUCGUCAGAAAAGUAAUGCAUGAGCUUUUAUGUAACGGAUUAUUUAAUACAAUAAAAUGCGUGAUCAAACGACGAAUUAUAUUUUUAGA